AGAAAAACGCAGUAGUUAAAAGUGAAAAUUUUUCUUAUUCGUGCGCCAAAAUUAAACAAUUUUCCAAAUAAAUUCUAAUAAACAAAUACAAAUAAUGCAAAGUUUGUUCAAAACAAAAGAAAAAUAUUCAUACGUUCAACUAAUUGUUUAAAGAAUAUAGAAAAAUAACGCGUAUACAGAAAUAUUAAAGCCUCCCGCAUCAAAAGGCGUAACAAAACAAAGUCACAGUCAGAAAAAAAAAUAUUUUUUAGUCUAUAAAAAAGCUAAAGAACUUUGUUAAAUUUAGAAUUUCACCAAGAAAAUCCGUAUUUUUUUGGAGGAAAUGUUUAAUAAUUUAUUGCAAAAGUGGCGUUUGUAAGCGAUAAUUUAAGUUUUGAACGAUAUUUUCUUCAGAAAAUGCAGCAAGUGGACGAUCCACCCUAUCUCCAAGUGGGCACGGAGGUUAGUGCCAAAUACAAGGGAGCCUUUUGUGAAGCUAAAGUCAGUGAAGUUGUACGUAAUAUAAAAGUUAAGGUUGCCUACAAACAGGGCCUUGGCUCUGGCGUUGUUUCGGACGACGACAUCAAAGCCUCUCCGGGCCAAUUAAGAGUUGGUGCUGUGGUCGAAGUUCGUCAUCCAGAUCGUAAAGAUUAUGUGGAGGCCACAGUCACCAAAAUACAAGAUUGUUCUCAGUAUACGGUGGUUUUCGAUGAUGGCGACAUCACCACAUUGCGUCGUACCGCCUUGUGCAUCAAGAGUGGGCGUCAUUUCAACGAGAGUGAGACUUUGGAUCAGCUGCCUCUAACGCAUCCAGAACAUUUUGGAAAUCCUGUGGUGGGAGGUCGUCGCGGUAGGCGUCGUGGUCAAAUGAACGAUGACAGCUCGGAUGAGGAUGAUGAAAGCGAUGCUAAGGAAGUAGUCAACGAGAAGGAGGAGCAUAUUGGGAAGGUCGUUUGUGUUGAAACAGAAUCGAAGAAGAAGGAUAAAGAGAAAUGGUUUCCGGGUUUAGUGGUGGCUCCCACUGCUCAGGCUACUGUGCGCAUACGUGUUAAAGAUGAAUAUUUGGUGCGUUCUUUUAAAGAUGGUCGCUACUAUACGGUGCCAAAAAAGGAGGCCACAGAGUUUACUCGGGAAGCGGCCGCGAAACAGGAUGGGCCGGCAGUACAGGCUGCCUUGGAGUACUUAGAUAGUGAUGUCUUGCCUCCUCACUGGGAUCGUGAUGCUUUGUUUGGUCUCAGCAACUCUUCGAGUGAAAACGAAGAUGAAAUUGAUUCAGACUCCUCGGAUGAUGAGCCUCGCGAGGAAAAAGAUCGUUUUGUGGCUCAACUCUAUAAGUACAUGGACGAUCGAGGUACUCCACUCAACAAAGUACCCUCUAUACAAAACAAAGAUGUAGACCUCUAUCGUUUGUUUCGUGCUGUACAGAAGAGGGGCGGUUACAAUCGAGUAACAUCGCAAAAUCAAUGGAAAUCUAUUGCAGUACGCCUGGGCUUUGCUCCAGUUACUGUCAGCAUUACCAAUUUGGUGAAACAGGCCUUUAAGAAAUUUCUGCAGCCCUAUGGAGAGUUUCAUCGUAAAUUGGGCUGUUCCAUGUUAAUGUCACCGCGAAAUUCCAAUCGCAGUAAAGGGCGUAGUUUGGUACGUGCCAACUCGGUGGCUUCACCCAAGCCACAAGAUGUCAAUAAAGAAGUCUCCACACCCAUUUCAAAACUAGCCACAACUUCAACCAGCAGUUCAUCAUUAGCUCUGGCCUCCAUUACCUCUUCAUCGGCGGCGGCCAACACCUCCCUUACCGAAGAAUCAGAAAAUACUAGUGAAUCUAGUAGUCAGGAAACUGUGCAAAAGAAUAAACGAAAAUCUUCGUUGGGUGGUGCCUCCACGUCGUCAACUAAAGUCAAAAGUUUAGUGGAGAAAUAUGAAGAGAAAACGGUUAAAGAUAAAGAUGAUGGUGACGUUCCUUUGUCCAAGAUAAAAGCGGCUGCUGCCAACAAAGAACGGGAAAGGGAAGAUGCUAAGGAAAAAGAACGUGAAAAGGAGCGCGAAAGGGAGAGAGAAAGGGAAAAGGAACGUGAGAGAGAAAGAGAACGCGAAAAAGAGAAGGAAAAGGAAAAAGAACGCGAAAGGGAAAGGGAAAAGGAAAGAGAAAAGGAGAAGGAAAAAGAGAGAGAACGUGAAAAGGAGCGCGAGAAGGAAAAAGAAAAGGAACGCGAAAGAGAACAGCGUGAACGUGAAAGGGAACGAGAAAAGGAGAAAGAAAAAGAAAGUGGCGGUUCUAAGGAUUCUUCGGGACAAGUAACUCGGGAUUCAUCACCAUCUGGAUCAAAUAUUUCCAACAAGAAGGACAAAACGCAACGCAAGCAAUCAUCUCAGAAUGAUGAUAAACGCAGCAAACGUCGUAAAGAUGAAAUUGUUGUGGAAAAGAUUGAUACUGGUGAUUUUGUGGUAGAAACUGGCGAUAAACUGAAAGUGUAUUAUCACGAAAAGAAGGUGACAUACGAGGCCAAGGUUAUAGAAAUCACUUUGCAACGUGGCACACCCAUGUAUUUGGUUCAUUACACUGGCUGGAACAAUCGUUACGAUGAAUGGGUGCCAAGAGAACGUAUUGCCGAAAAUCUAACCAAAGGCUCGAAAUUUAAGGGUGGCGGUAGAGCAUCUAGUUCUAGCGAAAAAUCUAAAGAAAAUCCACCGAAACCACCUUCGGCAGCUUCGUUGGCAUCCACUCCAGCUGGUUCGGCAGCAAAUAGUGCUGGCUCGUCUACAUCGUCGUCGACACAACAGCAGUCAAUAUCGACCUCUAAAACACCUAAUGCAGCUGGUAAGCGUGGCAGAGGACGUAGUGAUUCCAUGCCACCCAGAUCAACUACACCUUCAUCAGUGGCUUCGAAUUCUAGUCGUACUAAAUCACCCGCCACUUCUUCGGCUUUGAAAAAACGUCCUCAGCGACAAACACCCAAUUCGGCGAGAAGAACAUCGGCCAAUGUUUCAGACGUUUCUAUAGCCACCGAAGAAGAGUCGGACACGGAUUCUGAUGAGCCUGUCAAGAGACCCACCAUACGCAAUAUGAAAGAAUCUGCAAAGGGUGUAAAGUCUCCAGCAAAAUCCAAAAUGUCCAUAUCUGCACCCAACAGUCAGUCAGAUACAGACGAUCAGGAUGAUGAUGAUGACGAUGAUGAUGAAGAAGAAGAUUUGCCAAGUACCAGCAAGUCAUUGGUACAACGCAAAGGUCGUGAUUAUGAUCUUAAUCAAAUACGUUCUGAACUAAAGGGUUUCCAGAGUAUAAAAACAUCAAUUGAAAAUGAGGAUUCUGUAAAAGAAACUAAAGACAGUAAGGAAUCUAGCAAUCUUGGCAAAAUCAAAACGGAAAAGUCAGAGUUUGAUAUGAAGUCAUCAGCAAACACUUCAAACUCUUCGCUUAACCUCAAAGAAGAAUGCAAACGGGAGCCUAAAGAUGAGCCACGAAAGCGUUCUUCUACAGAAAUGUCCUCGGAAACCGAUUCGUUUGGCGACGAUGAGUCCCAAUCAUCUGAUAAAACUACUCAACUCGAAAACAUGAGAAAGAAAUUCCAGCAAAUUAUAAAUGCCGAAAAAUUAAGAUCAUUAGAUAAAUCUCAGUUGUCUAGUAAGUCGGCCACAUCGUUGGGUAAUACAAGAGUGGUGGAGAAAAUUAUAAAAGAAAGGGAAUCGGAAAAAAGACAGGAAACCUUAAAGGCAAAACCUUUUAUAAAAGAGGAAACUAAGUCUUCUAUAGGUGUCAUAAAUAUCAAACAGGAACCAGAUUUGAAAACUGAAUCAACCCCACUCAAGGAAGAGGAAAAGAAGCCCUUGUUAAACACAACAACUGAGACCAAAACAGUUAUAUUACAACCAACUAGAUUCCCCGCUUCGGCUACUUCAUCCUCAACCUUAAGCAUGCCCAGUAAAUAUACAUCAGUUAUAGUGGAAAAACCAUUGUCGGUGGCUAAAAAAUUGGAAACUUCUUUUGGCAAAAAACUAGAAACACCCAAAAAGGGUUCUUUGACAGAAUCUUUAUUAGCACAUUCACAAUCGUCUAAAAAGUUUAUUGAGCCCAACAACCACAAAGAAAUUCUUAAAGUUGAGCCUCCAGCCGCCUGUUCUCCCUCAUCAACUUCAUCGACAUCUUCUUCCACAUCUUCGUCAUCAAAUACAUCUUCUUCGUCUGGUUCUAGAUUUUUACCGGACAUGAGUAAACUGGACAUAUCAGGUAGUUCUUCGUCUACUUCAACUUCCCUAUCCUCACCCUCCACCACCUCCACAUCUUCUACUUCGUAUGCCAGCGCAUGUGCAAAGGAAACAAAAGUUUCUACGUCCUUAAUAAAUAAGCCAAAUUCACCGGAUAUUUACGAAUUCAAGGACAAUGAACCGUUUGAGUUUGAAAUACGCAAAUCUCCCAUGGUCCAAUCCAAUACAUCUUCUGUUAUAACUGCCAAUUUAGGAGCUGCAACCACCUCCAGUAAUUCUAUAACACAACGUAAUAAAUCCGCUGGUAAAUCGGAUCAUCACUCCUCCUUGGGAGCAAAUCCCAUGUCGGCUUUGGUCAAUCGUAAGAAACGUGGUUCACCCAUGAAAGAAUCCGUUAUAGAAAAAGCGAAACUAUUGAAAAUGGAGGAGAAGGCAACCACUCCCAGUCCUCUGGUAGCGGAUGCCAAAUUAGUGCACCAUUCAACAACCUCCACCGCAACUACAAUCACUGGGACCACUUCCAGCCAAAUUAAGAUGCAAAUGUCUGCACAAACUAAAACUACAGUUGGUGGUACAGCUAUGCAUGCUCCAGCUUUGCCAAAAUCUAUACCACCCAGCAAUACUCCAGCCUCAUCAGUUUCCUCUUUGUUGGCACCCGUAAUAACACCACAAAAACAACCAGGAGACAAUUCAGCAUUCGAUACUUUACGAAAAUCUCCCAGUUUUAACUUGAACAUAAAUGCCUUGAAUGAAGAAUUAGCGCAAACAGUUCAAGAAACUACCAGAGCCUUAACGGAUGCCCUACAAUCGCCACAACCCCCAGUCGUUUUAAACAAUCCUACUGAAAUCACACCCACUAAGACAAUACCCGAAAAGUCGUCUGUCUUGCCUUCUUCGGGUGUAGUGAGUGCACACACUACUGCAUCCUUACCAGCUAAUACAAAUGUUCAAUCACUUGUAGCCUCUCCGAAAUUGUCGACACCUCCUAGCACUGCUACGGCUCCUACCGCAAAACCACAAGUUGGUAGUCCAUUCAUAGAAACUCGUAGCGUAUUUGAGUUGUCAUUUGGUGCUGGAUCCAGUAGCAGAGAAAAUAAAUUUGAAUUGGAGAAUGCUAAAGUAAUGCUGUCGGCUACGGGCGGAGCCUUCGAUUUUGAUCCUUCCAAAUUGGAAACAAAACCACCCACAUCAUCCAUAGCAGAUAAAGUUUUGAAGGCCAUAUCCCAAAAGAAAGAGGAAGAAGAGAAUAAAAAACAAGAAGCUGCUGCCGGACAAAAUAAAGAUAAAGAAACAACAGACACAAAAGAGGACAAACCUGUAACAUCCAUUAAUUUAGGACUUUCCGCUCUACCGUCCUUGUUAACAUCCAGUUUAAAUUCUACAUCAACCAUUAAGUCUUCGUUGGAAUCUUUAACACAAACAAAUCCAUUUAACACGUCCUCUGCCUCUCUGCUGAGUGAACCAUUGAAAAUAAAUACGGAUAUAACUUCAUCGAGCGGCUUGCUAAGUGGUCCUCUUAACACAUUCUUAGCCAAUAAGCGUACACCGUUGACUUCUCCCGAACCUAAAAUGGGUAUUUUAGAAUCAAUGGGCGGCACCAAAAAUCAGCUAUCGGAGACUAUACAGAAAUUAGAAUGUGCCAUACAAAGACGCACACCAGUCACUAGUCAUCCAGUGACUCCAACCACUCCACUAUCAUCAACCAACCCCGAAACCUUCUCGGAUGAUACCAACGACAGUACCGACUCUGAACGUAGACUUGUUAUUGAAGAUGUGGCUGAUGACUCAGGAGCCACUACCACACCGGUAGAACAAAAACCAAGUCCCGUAUUACUGGGACCAGAAUCAUGCAAACCCUCUGCUUCGGCCGUUAAACUUGAAACCACCAUGGGUUCAGCCAAAGUAGCAUAUGCCACACAUCAUGAUAUUCCAGCUCCUAUUCCCAUAAAAGCGGUUACAUCUUCCACUUUGGCUAGAAAUCCCCUGACACCUUCUGUAGUCACCACCACUACUACAUCCUCGAAUUUGAUUAGUGUAACGCCCAACAGUGCACUGGUAAGUAGUAAAAUACCAACUCAAAACACCGCUGCAGUUGUAUAUCAAAAUGCUCCCAAGCCCGUUAUACAAGCAAAUCCUCAGCAAACUUUGGCAUCAAGCACUAUUACACAAACUAUACAGAAAUCUGUGUUAAUCAUGCCAACAGCAGGUGCUCAAAAUCAAACCCAAAUUGCUGGCGACAAGAAACACGAGGUGACUUCGCACUUGGGACAAAUAACAGGCGGCGGUGGUAGUGGGUCAAAUGUUUCAACGCCCCACAAACUAGCAACGAGUUCUGUACGUCCCUCAAACCCGACGGUUACGGCUUCAGCAGGGGUUCCUAUUGUUUUGCCAGAUAUUCCGGCUUCAGUGGUUGUUGCCUCCACAGCUGUGCCCUCGGUUAUGGCUGCAGCACAGGCGGCUGCUGCUGCCCUACAAACUCCCAAACAAACGCCACAAAAACAAACACAUCAAAUUGUUGUCUCACAAGCUCAACAGUCUUUAGCUGCUACAAUUACAAAAUCAAAUUUAGUAACGACUACAUCAACAUUGCAUCCAAAUCCAACACAAUCACUCAUCCCCACACCAUCCCCACUUCAAGCCUCUAAUCCUACAGCAUUUGUGUCGACGGCAAAAACAUUUGAAAACUCCACAACCAUACGACACAUACAACCAAAUCUUAAACCCAUCACAACAUCCGGCCUUAUACAAACACCUUCGAAGGGCGGCUUUCAACCACUGUCGGCACCCACAAAUCCCACACCAGCGCCCACUUCAACAUCUGGAUUUUAUCUGGAUCCACGAACAGAAUUACGACCAGAUGAUGGUCUUAAGCCUUUGGGUGAUAUACCGAAACCUUCAAAUCUGCCAUUAAUAAAUCCAAUGAUCCAUACAAAUCUUACAACUAAAGAAAUAGCACCACCACCUCCUUCCACUACUCUGGCAGCCGUGGCCUCGACUUCGUCUGCAGUGGAAUCAACAUCAGCCGCACUACCUGAUGCUCACAAUGAUUCCAUAAUUCAACUGAGAUGCGAGGAAACCAUACCGGGUAGCCCGGCUUCGGUUAUAACAGGUCGUGAAGACUCUCAAGAGAGAACAGCCACUUCAUUAAUGCCUGACUCAAAUGUGGCCGCUGAUAAAGACUUUUCUACUAUACAAUCUAACAAAUCCUUGCCCACUGGCUCUUUAGCAGCUGCUACAGCGGUAACAAUAUCAGCUACCACAACUGCAACAGCUACUACCAGUAGUUCACCAAACGAUUCGUGUAGUCAAGAAGAUGAGUCCAGUGAAGACUUGAAAAAAUCUGUAGAUGUAGAAAAUGAAGUGUCGCCACGUAAACGUAGACGUCCACGUAAACAGACCGAAAAUAGCUCGUUGACAACAGAUCAGCAGCCGCAGCAAACACAUCAUCAACAUUCAAAGAGACGGAGACAGUUGCCUUGCAAUAAAAAGAAUACAGCUGGUUCUGAUAGUGAUGACAAUUCCGAUAAUGUUUCCCAACGUAGUACUCACCACGCAACUCGACAUCAGCAACACAAUUUAUCGCAACCGCAAACACAACCAUCAACUACAACACCUGGUUCUAAACCGUGUCCCUACAAUUUCCUAGUGCAAUUGGAUCCGUCUCUUACUCCCGAUCAAUGCAUAGCAAUUUUAUUGAAACAAAUCCAAGAUUUACGUAAAACUUACAACAUAAUCAAAACUGAUUUGGCCAGUAUCGAUAGAAGACGCAAAAAAUUACGGCGACGCGAGCGUGAAAAGAAACAGCAACAAUUGCAAAAUCAACAACAAAUGAAAGUUGGUUCAUAAAGAUAUUCCUCAAGUAAACAAUUGUAGCAUUUCAUAAAAUUACAUAAAUACAUACAUUCAUAUGUAUUUCUAUUAUUUUUGUCGAAUUUCAGCAAUAUCCUUAAUGUAAAAAUUGAUUCGUACAUAAUUGUAGUUUUGAAAUUUUAUCUUUAUAUAUGAGUUUAGUUUUGUAUUUAGAAUUCCUAAAAGCAUAGGAAUGGAAUAUCUCUUAAAUGAUUUGAAAAGAAAAAAAAAUUUCUUGUUUUAAUUUUACUAUUCUAAGAAAAUAAGUUAUUGUCAAUAUGCAUUAAAGCAAAUAUAUAAUUACUUUAAAUAUAUAUGUAUGUAUACAUAAAUAAUCUGUAAAAUUUACAUCAUAAAAUUUAUAAAUAAAGAAAACACUCAGAUUUUAACCUUUAUUGUGAAUAUAUGAUUAUUAUACAUAUUUGAAAUAAAUAAAGAAAAUCAUUUAUUAAAAAAACAA